AUGAUGACCCAGGCGAAACCCGGGAUCGCCGACAACCGUCGAGUGGAUGGAUCCCUUACGGAUGGCAACAAGACUGCAGCUAACACCCUGGCUAAGUACUACUCCACGGUAUUUAGCCCUGAACGUGUUAGCCGGAAAGACGGAAGGGGUCUUCCCGCAGUCAGCUGCAUACCCAGCAGAUACAUGGAAACUGUGUCGUUCUCCUCUGCGCAAGUCGGGAUAAAACUGGUAAGUCUCGUAGCUAAAAUGUCACCGGGACUGGAUGAGAUCCUGUAA